UUUUGCAUUUUUGCAGUCCUUUCAAGCUGGAAUCUUUUAGUUCGAUCACAAAGUAAUUUUCUGAUUAUUUUCAUGUUUCAUUCUAAAUUAGCAGUUAGUAUCAAAGUGUAGUUUUGAAUCAGCUUCGAAUGAACUAUAAAGCACAAACAAUUUCAUAUUCAUUCUGUUUGGGUCAACAAGUAAAUAUAUGAAGAAUGUCCUCCCCGAUUAGUUCUGCAUCUGAAUACAACAGCGCUUUGGAUGAAACUCUUAAUUCUUCGUUUAAUUCUCAGAAGUUGGAUUUCUCAUUAACAGAAUCUGACAUCGAAAAUGUCAAUCUAUCCCAAGAAUGGAAAGGAAUAAAAAAGCCAAAAUCGAAAAAAACCUACAAUGCCCAAGAUGAAUCCCAGCAACUAUUGGACAGUUUGAAAAAUAACAAUUACUUCGGCACUUCUCAGCAGAUGGCAACAGAAAAAAGUCCAUCGAAAUCUUCAAACAACGAAACACUGGACAGCACCUUGAGUAUGAUUAGUCUUGACAUUAGUGGAACCGAGAUAUCCGGUGACGGUAGUUCCACGUUGUCUUUUCUGUCCAGUUCCGACGAAGCAUCGGCUAUGAUUGGUGACGAAGAAGUUUAUACCGGAUCCACUGCCAGCAGUAGUAUAGAAGGAUCGUCUUCCGGUUUGAAUGCACCAAAACCGUCCCCACAUAAUGUCUCUCAAGUGAGUGGUCAGCUGCUUGAGGAUGAAAGUCUUACCACGAAAGACUCGAAGGAUACAACGCAUAAUGUUUCACUACUGCCAACGGAUGAUGAUCAGCUAACGGUAUUGGAACAUAGUCAAAAAAAUCCCAUCAAAAUUUAUAGCUCUAUUGAAGAAUUCGAUCGCAAUCUACCGGACACGGUCACGCUUCUUACCACCCCGGAGGGUAGUAAAGUGUAUCUGGUGGGAACAGCACACUUCAGUGAGAAUUCACAGAACGACGUUUCCUUGGUAAUGCAAAACGUGCAACCUCAGGUUGUAAUGCUCGAACUGUGUCCUUCUCGAAUUCACAUUCUGAAGUACGACGAACAAGCGCUGCUGGAGGAAGCAAAAGAUAUCAAUCUGUCAAAAAUUCAAACCAUAAUCAAAAGAAACGGAGCCAUAAACGGGUUAUUUUAUAUUUUACUGCUAAACAUGAGCGCAAAAAUCACUAAAAAACUUGGCAUGGCUCCGGGUGGUGAAUUCCGUCGGGCCGUGAAUGAAGCUUCUCGCAUUCCAAAAUGUAUAAUCCAGCUAGGUGAUCGGCAGAUUAACAUCACUCUCCAACGAGCGCUGCGCGGUUUGUCUCUCUGGCAAACGGUCAAACUAAUUCCGAAGCUUCUUAUCAUGGACGACAUCAGCAUUGAAGAUGUCGAACAGUGCAAACAGAAAGAUCUACUGGAGGAAAUCAUGCUGGAACUGGCCGGCGAAUUUCCCGCUUUUGGCAGGGUUUUCGUUGAGGAGCGGGAUCUCUAUUUGUGCUACUCGUUGCAGGUAGCCGCAAUGCCCCAGCAGCUGGAGGAUGAAAUGCCCCGUCCUGUCAAUGUUGUUGGUGUGGUAGGAAUUGGACACGCCGCCGGAAUCAUCAAGCACUGGGGUAAGGUCGAGCGCACGGUUAUCGACUCGAUUAUUACCAUUCCUCCGACUAGCUUCAGUCACCGGGCAGCAAAGUUUGUGCUAAAGUAUGGUACGCUGGGAUUGUGUGCCUACGGUGCGUUCCGGUUUGUGCGACCGCGACUCAGUCGAUGGUUAUGAUCGGUAGUGUAUUUUCUGGUACUGGAGAACUAUUGAAGAGUUGUCUUUAUUUUAUGCAGUUCUGACCAACCACAGUAGAAAACAUUCACAUUGAUAUAGUAUUUGCAUGUGUAUUUGAGUAUCUCCUCCAAUUUCUUUUUGUACAGUGUUGGUACAUCUAAGGCACGGAGUGCAUGUGCCGAUCAGGGUAAAACCUUACGCAAAUCAAAAUGUAAAAUAAGAUCGAAUAUCAUAGGCGGUUGAGAAACCACAGCAUCCAAUCUAAAUAAAUUGUUCCAGAAAUCGAAA